GUAGUUGGUGCUUUUAUGUGAGUCUAUCGCGUUGCCUCCUUAAGCCACCUCCGAUCAUCGUUUGGUUUGCAUUUGUUGUUCCGGCACACAAGGCCAGAUACCGGAGACGAGCCAUCCCUCCAGUUACAAAUAAAGACCUUCCGGAAUAUUUCCCUUUUUGCGGUACAAGGCCUUUUCUUUUGCCUUGUCAAAGUCUUCUUGGCAGACCUUCAUUCGGCGUUCUCUCAGCGCCAGCAUACCCGCUUCGGUGCACACCGCUUUGAUAUCGGCACCACUUAGCUCGUCGCGACUCUGAAUAAAUUUUUCCAGGUCGACCUGUUUCAGUUUUGAAAAAAUGAUCACGAAGAGAGCGAUUGAAAGUGUUGAGUUGAGAACGAAUCAACGCCAAACAUGAAACACCUGCGUAGUAUGAAAAGAUAAACUACCUGUUCCGACAAACACGGUUCCCGGGUCCCGUUGGGGUCCCGUUGACGACAGAACACCAUCAUCGAUCGCCGUCGUCGUCGCCGUCGCCGUCGUUCACCAGCACCAGAAUCGCAAAAAACUUACGUCUUCCGCCAGGGUCAUCUUGUUUGUGUGGAUGUUGAAAAUGUGUCGCUUCGUCUUGGUGUCGGGAAGCGGGAACUCGAUCUUUCGGUCGAUGCGGCCGGGCCGGAUGAGGGCGGGAUCGAGACUCUCGAUUCGAUUCGUGGCCAUAAUGACCUUGACAUCACCGCGCUCGUCGAAGCCGUCCAGCUGGUUGAGGAGCUCGAGCAUUGUGCGCUGGAUUUCUCGGGUGCCGCCACUGGAAGAAUCGUACCGCUUGCUUCCCACCGCGUCGAUCUCGUCGAUGAAUACGAUCGUCGGGCUGAGGUCGUCGGCCACCCGGAAGAGUUCCCGGACCAGCUUCGGACCGUCUCCGAGGUACUUCUGGAUGAGUUCCGAUCCAACGACGCGCAAAAACGUGGCCGAGGUGUGGUUGGCAACCGCCUUGGCCAGRAGYGUUUUUCCCGUUCCCGGUUCUCCGUAGAGAAUGACUCCCUUGGGUGGUUUGAUUCCGAUGUCUUCGUAGAGUUCCGGAUGCGCGAGCGGGAGCUCGACCGCCUCCUUGAUUUCCUGGAUUUGUUCCUCCAGUCCUCCGAUGUCGGCGUAGCUCUCGAGGGGCGCCUUUUCGACCUUCAUGACGCUCACCAUGGGAUCCGUGUCGUCGGCAAGAAUCCCAACGACACUCAUCGUCUUGUUGUGCAGCAGGACAGAGCACCCGGGUUCCAGCAGGUCCUGGUUGACGCUGGAGAGAAUGUUGACGUAGUAUUCGGGGCCAACGGAGGAACUCACGAUCGCGUGGUUGUCGUCGAUGAGCUCCUCCAGGGUGCCGACUCCAAGCGGAGAACCCCGGAGYUCCUCUAGCUUCUCCCGUUCUUCCUGGUCCCGYUCCUCGUGCGGCUUGAAGACCUCGUGGUUGCGGAUAAACUCCUCUUCCAUGAGGAGGUAAUCCUUCACGCGCUCCAGCUUUAGGAGGCGCAGCUUGCACUUCGAGGUGGGGACGAUCGUUGGCGUUUUGUUCAGGCCCGAGGGACCCUUUCGACGGCGGCGGCGGCCCUGCCGGGUGGCCGGGCGCGGCUCGAAUCGCUUUUUCUUCUUCUUCUUCUCGGCUCCGUCGGGGUCGUCCUUCCCGCUGCGAUCGGCGGGGGGGCCGCCGCCUUCGCCUCCCGGUGGCAUGUUACCCAURGCGAAUG